AUGCUGCUGCGGCUCCCCCGAACACCAUGUGAAGUCUCCCGAGUAUCCUCGAGGAGUUCGACCAUAUUCAUAACCUCGCGAUCGUUCUGGUCGCGGACCGCACCCGCCGCUGCACCCGUACCGACAGGCCCAGAAAUCUAUGAUGUCGUGUGCGUUGGUGGCGGUCCAGCAGGACUGAGCUUGCUCAGCGCGCUUCGUGCUUGUCCCAAGACCGCGAACCUCAAGAUUGCCCUAGUCGAGGGUCAAGACCUCAGCAAAUCCCAAGUCCAGGCCGAAUCGACGACCUUCUCCAACAGGUGUAGCUCUCUGACACCCGGUUCGGUCAAGUUCUUAAAUGAUACUGGAGCAUGGAAGCACAUUGCCACCUCCCGCGUCCAGCCGUAUCAGGCUAUGCAGGUCUGGGAUGGCGUAUCUGGCAGCAGCAUCACAUUUGAUCCUAUGUCGUCGUCGUCGUCUUCAAAUGUCUCGGAUACCGUAGCCACUAUGACUGAGAACACGAACCUCACAUCCGCCCUCCUAGCUCGCCUGAAAUCGUUACCGCCGAUCGAUGUAAUGGACAAGACACGUGUCGAGGGAAUUGAGCUUGGAGAAGAAACAGAGAAUAUGGACUUGUCAAACUGGCCUGUCGUAUCUCUGAACAACUCGCGCAAACUCGCUGCGCGUCUGCUUAUCGGCGCCGAUGGAGCGAACAGUCCUGUACGCACAUUCGCUGGUAUCCCCUCACGUGGCUGGGACUACAACCGUCACGGCGUUGUGGCUACUGUACAGAUCGAAGGAGCCAACUGGAGUCAAGACGAUCACAGAACUGCAUACCAACGCUUCCUUCCCACUGGCCCCGUUGCGCUUUUGCCUCUGCCCGGCAAUGUAGCCACUUUGGUGUGGUCCACUACACCCGAGAAGGCUGCUCUCCUGAAGUCGCUCAGCAGCACCGACUUCACCGCAAUGGUCAACGCAGCUUUCAGACUGUUGCCUGUCGACCUCGACUACAUGCACACCAUGAAGUCUGGCCAAGCCGACGAGUACUCAUGGCGUGAGGCCAACACAGCCUUCAAUUCCGAGCGCAUCCCGCAAAAGAUCUCGGCCGUGCAAGAGGGCAGUGUUGCCUCGUUCCCUCUACGCAUGCGUCAUGCAGACACUUAUACCGGUCACCGCGUUGCUCUGCUUGGAGAUGCCGCCCACACUAUCCAUCCUCUCGCAGGCCAAGGUCUGAACCAAGGUCUUGGUGACGCGCAGUCGCUUGCCAAGCACAUCAAUUUUUCGCUCUCUGUCGGCAAGGAUAUUGGCAGCAACUGGGCACUGGAUGCAUACAAUUCCGAGCAGUGGGCAAAGAAUAACGCUAUGCUGGGCGCUGUGGACAAGUUGCAUAAGCUAUACAGUGCUGGCAGUGGUCCAGUUGUGUGGGCAAGAAGCCUUGGACUCGACGCAGUCGACAAGAUGGGCUUCCUUAAAAAGUUCUUCAUGCGCCAAGCAGCUGGAUCAUAG